GCAGCGCCGGGUUGCGUUACGUCGAGCGGUGAACUCCAACCGGAGUCCGGAAUGAUAGUGCAAGCAGUAGGAGGCAGAGCGUUGUCGCGGUGUUGAUCGUUGAGCAUUUCGCACGCGGAAAAAUUACGUACGUCGCCGAAAAUGGAGAUCGAAGUCUUGUCGGCGAAGUCCUCAAAACCGCUAGCCAAUGUAACUGUAAACUCGAACACGACGGUAGGAGAAGUCAAACAGCAGCUGCAUAAAUUAAAAGUAGCGCCGUACGUUCAGAGGCAGAGUCUGAGAUUAGAGGCGAGAGGAAAAGCGUUGCCCGAUGCAGAGACGAUGAAGUCCCUGUCGUUGAAAGCUGGUGGAAAGUUGUAUUAUAAGGAUCUUGGUCCACAGAUCGGUUGGAAGACCGUAUUCCUCAUGGAGUACGCAGGGCCACUGGUACUGUACCUCUGGCUGUACCAGCGUCCAUGGUUGUUUUACGGUAGCCUGACCACGAGUUAUCAUCGUGUAGCCAAUUGGGCAGCGGUUGCUUGGACGGUGCACUAUGCGAAACGUCUGUUGGAAACGCUGUUCGUUCACCGUUUCAGUCACGCUACAAUGCCGCUGAGAAAUCUGUUCAAAAACUGCACAUAUUACUGGCUGUUCGCUAUGUACGUGGGAUAUCAUACGAAUCAUCCGUUGUACACGCCCUCGAGCCCACUUCAGUUUUACAUUGGAGCAGCGACAUUUGCGCUGUGCGAACUCGGCAAUCUCAGCAUCCAUCUAGCCCUGAAGAACUUGAGACCGCCGGGCACGACGAUCAGGAAGGUUCCCAUGCCGACUGGGAAUCCUUUCACCGCGCUCUUCAACCUGGUCUCCUGUCCGAAUUACACGUACGAAGUGGGCAGCUGGAUCGGCUUCAGCGUGAUGACCUCGUGUCUUCCAGCCGGUCUGUUCACGUUUGCCGGUGCGUAUCAGAUGACCUUGUGGGCACUAGGGAAACACAGGCUGUACAAGAAAGAAUUUUCGCAUUAUCCGAAAAAUCGUAAAGCCAUCAUUCCGUUUGUCCUCUAAACUGAUGCACUUGUGCCAACCUCAAGAACAAUGUUGAUAAGUCUCAAUUACAAUACUUGUUUGUUUUGUCGAUAUUUUUAUUUUUCGAGAAUUUAUUAUGAUAAUUAGUGCGCGUUGCUAAUUUGUAUAUUUCCUAACGAGUAAUUUCAUAAUGUUCAAAACAAUGUACAAAGGUGUGCAAACAAUUUAGUUCACACAUUUUCUUAUAUCAUUAUAUUACGUUAGGAACAAGUUAGAAAACAAAUUAUUAUUAUAAUUAUAUAUAUAUAUAAAAUUAUAUAUACAAUUAGAAUGGGGAUAUUUAAAUUUCAUUGUCUGAAAUGAAGUAAUAUAUAUGGUAUUCUUCUUUACAUUUCCAAAUAAAUAAGUACGUAUAUAAU